GAACUAGUGCAAAUUCUUCUCAAUGCCGGUGCAGAUGUCAACGCUCUACCAGCGGAUAACAAUGGAAGAACAGCCCUCCAAGGGGCAGCUGAGGACGGUGACAUCAAACUGGUGCAAAUGCUUCUCGAUGUCGGUGCAGAUGUCAACGCUCUACCAGCAGAUGAGUGUGGAAGAACGGCUCUCCAAGCGGCAGUUCAGAACGGUAACAUUGAACUGGUGCAAAUUCUUCUCGAUGCCGGUGCAGAUGUUAACGCU